AUGGCUCAAAAAAAACAUAAACCAACUAGCAAAUCACCUAAAACACGUGCAUCAUCUUCGGGUAAAAAAAAGAAGAAUAUUAAAAAAAUUUCAGUUGGUCGGGGUGUAAGAAAAGAUGGUAUAAAAAAAGCAAAAAGUAAGAUUAAAAAAAGUAACAUUAAGAAAAAAUUAGUUCCAAAAAAAUCGAAAAGUAAAAUAAAUAUAAAAAAGUCAAAACCAAAUAAAAAAAAAUCAAAACCAAAUAAAAAAAAAUCAAAAACAACUUUAAAAUCAACUGGAAAUAAAAAUAAACCAAAAAAACUUCAUAAAAAAAUUAUUAAAAAACCAUCCAAAGCUAAUCUUAAACGAUCGAAAAAGCCAUCAAAAACAAAUAUUAAAAAUUUAAAUAAACAUAAAACCAAAAAAUCUUUUGAACCAGAAGAAAUUCCUGUUAUUAAAGGAUCAGAAGUUAUUCAAGGUCGAAAACUUGGAGAAGGUGGUUUUGGAAAAGUUGUUGAAGGUGCUUUUCGAGGUCGAAUUGUAGCAGUUAAAAUUCCUUUACGAAAAGAAGAUUUUGAAGAAGCAUUAAUUGAAUUUAAAAAAUUACGAAAUUUUCGUCAUCGAAAUGUUGUUGAAGCUAUUGCUUAUUGUAAAGAUCCAGCAAUGUUCAUUAUGGAAUAUAUGGCAGGUGGAACAUUAAAUAGUUGGUUACAUGAUGGUAAUAAUAAAUAUAUACCAAUGAAUUGGUUUCAAGGCGUUAGAUUAUUAACUGAUAUUUCUCGUGGUAUUAAAUUAUUACAUGAUGCAUCAUUACUUCAUGGAGAUCUAUCAUCAAAUAAUGUAUUACUUAUACGUGAUCAUACAGUAGCAAAAAUAUCUGAUUUUGGUACGGUACAAAUGAUUGAGAAAUAUAUUAAUGCAUCAUUAGCUGGUCAAAUUGAUGAAGCUGUAGGUGCAUUUCGUUGGAUGGCACCACAACGAUUACGUUUUUCUAAACCUGAUAAUUAUUCUGAUGUAUGGUCUUAUGGUUGUAUUCUUAUUGAAUUUUUAACUCAUCCUCGAAAAAUACCAUUUGCUGCAGCAAGUACUGCACAACUAAUUGCUAAACUUGAAAACUAUGUCGAAGGAGAUAUAAGAGACUUACGUAUAGAUCUGGGAGAAAUGGAUCCAGAUGCUCCACUACUUCUUCAAGAAUUUGGUAGUCAAAGUAAAAUGAAAACAAAUAGUAAACGUGUACAUUCAUCUGAUGUUCGAACUUGGCGUUAA